AAACACUAGUGCUUCAUGACCUUUCUGCGGCCCAUGGAAAAUGGGUUGAUGUCCCGGGCGAAAUUCAACCAUACUCACCAUCGCCGGAAUUUCGACUCAAAGAUCCUUUGGGGCCUACCGGAUCCGAGGGGGGGGGGGUUCUCGUUCCUGUUUUGGAAUCGGCGUGGUAGCAAAAACGAAAGACUAUCGGGUACAAGUCUGUCUGGCCGCCUCGUUUGUGCGUAUUCUGAAAAAAAAAUACAAUCAAGUCGACAUAGAUACUAUCACUCUGGCAGCUGUCUAUGUCGCCUCUUUCCAGGUGUGGAGCCGGAACGGUGGCCAGACUGAAAGGCACCGUUGAAGCCAAAGGGCAUCCGCUUCACAUUGAAAUCACGGUUGAUUAUCAGACGACAACAUAUCAGAUCCAGAUCCAGCAGAUCACUGCGCGCUCCGAUCAUCCUAUUUGUUAUUCGCGUGAUCUAAAAAUUAGUAGCCACGAUGAGCGCCAGGUGCACGAACUCUGGAAUCGACAUACGAAUGACUUGAUGGAUGGCCAGGAGGGCUCCUUCCGGCCGAAUACCUUCAGCCAUGAUUUCGCCUCGCCAGUCUCAAGCUCAGGUGCCCUAACAGCUACCAUGACAGUGGACUCUGAGCUCAUCAGAGCCCGGGGCUAUAUACAUGGAUGGGCUGGAGGCAGCAGAGUGGUCUUCCGGAGCGAGAAAUUACUGAUCGAUGCGCUUUCAGAAAUCACAAUUCCUGUCUACCUCAUCCAACCCACCACAGUCUCGGAACCUUUCGCGUUGGAUGGGGAAUGACGCUAGUACCGUCGGACCUGUCCGUUGAGUGUGCUAAUUGGGAUGAAGAGGAGCGCUUGAAGAAGUCAUGCCUCGAGAUCUACUGAAUUUCUCAAAUCC